GUCCAGCUGUGUGUUGCCCAUGUUUCACAUGAAUGUAAUUUAUGAGAGAGCUCAUUUAUUGCAGGAAUUCUUAAAUUUCAUUGGGGCAAAAUGGGUCCUUGGUGGCUAAUGUGCAUUCGGUUUAUGUCACAGUUUCAUGAUGGGAACUGCAGAGAUUGUCUGACCGAUGGUUUAGAUGGUUCUUAGAGCUGGGAGGAGUCUUUGAUGCUGACACGUUUUCUGUUAUUUUACUAUGGUUUACUGUUUCGUCUGAGUUGCAACCCCUGGCGGCAGCACCUUUCUUUCUGUGAUGAAAGAUAUACCGCACUUCUGCUGUACAUUGAUGUCAAAAAUAAACAAUCGUACAUAAGCUAUAACCGCUAAUUGUUGCAUUAUAACAGUCUGAUCCAGCUUUGUGAAUCAGGACUUAACUUGUAUCUGAUCCAGAUGUUCAGUAGGUGCAUGGAGGGGAAUGAUUCCUGCUAAGAAGCUGACCUCAUUUUCUUUCUUUUUGGUCUUUGGGCCACUUUCCUGGUGUUGUUUGAUUAGCGUUCACUGUUCCCACCUCCUAAAACCUUUCAGGUUUCCAGUAUCGUUGUGGCCUACGGGUGGGUCUCAGUUUCUGGAUAGAGCAGUAAUUUGGUUUUGAAUGGCCUUGCUACAGCACAGCUCCUCUCUCUAAAAAGAACAGCGAACAUAAUGUCAUUAAACCUGUGUGCACCAGAGCCACCAAUGACUCCAAAUAUCUUGGGUUUCCAUGUGAUGGAUUUGAAACUAAUAAUACAUGUGAAUAUGUGAUGAUGGGGAAUUGGCUUACUAAUUAAAACAAGCAUAGAUGUAUUGAUUGAACAUUGUAGAAUAACUAUUUGACUGUCAAAUAUCUUGUAAUCUAUUGAUGUCUUAUUCCAUUUUUAUUUCAUUUAAAGUGAUUGUCAAUUUAAAGGUAAAGAUUUAACAAAGAACCUCAAUGUUUUAAUUGAAAGAGUCCUUUGCUGACUGCCUGCCCCUAUUGCUGGCCAUGGUGUCCCCCCUUUCCAAGAGUGUGGUUUGACCAUUCUGGGCCCCUGGGCAGACCAAAAAAGGGAGCCAUUGUGAAUGAAGACCGCUUUUCCCAUUAGGCCCAGGCCGGGUGGUGAGGAUGCCAUGGGGUUAGGAACAGAUGUGGGUUCAGCUCUUAUAGGUGCCUGAAAAAAGAACAUGUUUUAUAACAGUGUAAUGUUUUUAGAUAGGAUAGCUUAGAAACUUUAGUUCACCGUAAGUACUUCCUCCAUCAGUUAUUAAUUUGAUUCUUAUUCCUUUUUCUUUUGUAAGUCUUUUUGCUUUUUCCCUAUUUUGUUUCCUUUUCCCGAGAGAUUAUUGAUACAUUUGAAUAGUGUGUAGCUUGGAGUUUAGUAUGAGUGCACCAUCUCAAUUGCUUUCCAGUCCUCAUUGUUGCUUCUGUUUCCUUGUUACCCUGAAAGGUGGAUAUGGACGCUGGGGAGGAAGAGACAGAUAUGGUCCACCUAUAAGGACUGAUUAUCGGCUUAUUGUUGAGAAUCUUUCCAGUCGCUGUAGCUGGCAGGACUUGAAGGACUACAUGAGGCAGGCGGGGGAGGUGACUUACGCUGACACCCAUAAGGGCCGGAAGAAUGAGGGGGUGAUCGAGUUCAGGCUCUACUCCGACAUGAAGAGAGCUCUGGAGAAGCUUGACGGCACAGAGGUGAACGGCAGAAAGAUCCGGCUCAUCGAGGACCGUCCCGGUGCCCGGCGCCGCCGCUCGUAUUCUCGCAGUCGCAGCCGUUCCAGGUCCCGCUCCAGGAGCCGCAGGUCUCGCAAGAGCCGCAGCCGCAGUGAGAGCAGCAGUCGCAGCCGCUCCCGCUCCAGAGCGGCUUCUCGCUCCCACAGCCGAUCUCGUAGCAAGAAGAAUAAGGGCAAGAGCAAGAAGGAGGAGGAGGAGCGCAGCAGCAGUGCUCAGAAGAACAAGGACCGCAGUCGGAGUCGCAGCCCCAAGAGUAAAAAGAGCAAGAAAGAGGGGAAGAAGAGCAAGAAGGAGGAUUCCAGGUCCCGGUCUCGCUCUGCCUCUCGCUCUAGGUCUCGUUCUGCAUCUGGAGAAAAGGAUCACUCCAGGAAAUCUGUCUCAAAAGGCCGCGAGGAGCCCAAGACCGACGACGAGGGCGGCGAGCCCGAGAGAGGCUCUCGCUCUCGUUCUCAGUCUCCUGAGGAGUCCAAAUCCAGAGCCAGGUCUAAAUCAAAGUCCAAAUCCCGUUCUCCAUCACCUGCCAAGGCCCGCUCCCGUUCCCGAUCCGCCUCCCGAUCAGAGUCCCGCUCUAAAUCCCGCUCCCGUUCUCGUUCCCGUUCUCGCUCCUAGUUCAGAUUUUGGACUGUUUGUCACAAGCCCUGCUCCCAGUGUCUCCCCUCCCCCUUUAUUUACAUUCCCCGUGCCCGACAACACUAUCCUGUUUUUUGAUAAGUAGCUGUAGAAUACCAGGCGCUCAUGCUCGAUGUCUCAUGCACAUGCUACUCCAUUUCAUUUGACUUUUCCAACAUACUUUUUCAUUAGAGGUGUUUGUAAAAUAACAACAGGGUGCAAUCUCAGUUUUAUAAGUUUAAACGAAGGUAUGGUGUUUGUCUUAGCCUUUUUUAAUCAAAUGUAGACGCAUACUGUUUUUGUCGAAAUGCUGGGUGGGAACACCUCCCCCACUUGUGUGAAAUCCUUGUAAUCUUUGUUUCACAUUAAAAAAAAAAAUGCCUGAACUUUCUGUUGGACUCAUGUUUAUGUUGGUAAUAAAGUCACUGACUGCA